CGACUGGCUCGUUUCGUCUGAUGACGAGAGGGGCGCUGGAGAGAGUGUGGGGCUAGGGCGAGAGGCAGAGCUGGGCAUGGGCGGCCGGGAUGCAGCAAAGGUCAAGAACAAGAUGGCCGAUGAAGGGUAUCGGGAGGGCAUCACCGCUGGCAAGGAGUCGACGCUGCAGCAGGGCUUCGACUUUUCCUUUCGAGAGGUCGGCGCGCCUUUGGGUCGGCGCGUAGGCAAUCUCAAGGGCAGGGCAUCCGCCUUGGCUCAGUUCGCCCAGGGCCGAGGGUCAAAGAGACAGACGGCACUGCCCGACAAUGUCAAGAGUCAAGUCAGCCAGCUGCUCAAAGACAUCGAGGCCGUGGAGCUGCAACACGUCGCAGAGAGGGACUAUGAAGCCGAGGAGCACGAGCUCUCGCAUGCCCAAGAGGACGCCAAUGUUGCCCUCCCGCCGCGUGAGACGGCCCAGGAAAAGGCCAAUCGCGAGGCUAUUGUUGUCCGUCUGGGGCAACGCCUGGAUUCACUCGCCAAUCAAAUUCUCAGUCAAUCCCUGUAAUAACAUCAUCAUGCUUGUGUACUGAU